CCUCACGCCUUCCUAAGCUGCGCGGGUCUCCGGAGUGCGACGCGAGCUAGCGGAAGGGAACGGUGCGGCCAGUCGGCCGUGCGGUGACUGCAGCCACCUGCCCGAGCCCCGUGGCCCGCCCUCAAAUCCCGGCGAUGCGCCGCGGCGCCGCCUGGGCACUGCUGCUGGCCGCAGCCCUGGGGCUCGGGGCGCGCGGGGUGCGCGCUGCAGUGGCCCUCGCCGACUUCUACCCGUUCGGCACGAAGCGCGGCGACACCGUCACCCCGAAGCAGGACGACGGCGGCUCAGGGCUGCAGCCACUCUCGGUGCCCUUUCCGUUCUUCGGCGCCGAGCACUCCGGACUCUACGUGAACAAUAAUGGGAUCAUCUCCUUCCUGAAGGAAGUUUCUCAGUUCACCCCCGUGGCCUUCCCCAUCGCCAAAGACCGCUGUGUGGUAGCAGCCUUCUGGGCAGAUGUGGACAACCGGCGUGCAGGUGAUGUCUACUACCGGGAGGCCACUGACCCAGCCAUGCUGAACAGAGCCACAGAGGACAUCAGACGGUACUUUCCUGAGCUCCCGGACUUCUCUGCUACCUGGGUUUUUGUUGCCACCUGGUACCGUGUGACCUUCUUUGGAGGCAGCAGCUCUUCCCCCGUUAACACAUUCCAAACUGUACUCAUCACCGAUGGCCGAUUCUCCUUCACCAUCUUCAACUAUGAGUCCAUCUUGUGGACUACAGGCACACAUGCCAGCAGCGGGGGUGACGCUGAUGGCUUGGGAGGCAUUGCAGCCCAGGCAGGUUUCAACGCAGGUGAUGGGCACCGCUACUUCAACAUCCCCGGGUCGCGCACAGCAGACAUGGCUGAGGUGGAGACCACCACCAACGUGGGCGUGCCCGGCCGCUGGGCGUUUAGAAUCGAUGAUGCCCAGGUGCGCGUGGGGGGCUGCGGCCAUACAACCUCUGUGUGCCUGGUCCUGCGUCCAUGCCUCAAUGGUGGCAAGUGCAUUGAUGACUGUGUCACAGGCAAUCCCUCUUACACCUGUUCCUGUCUCGCUGGCUUCACAGGCCGGAGAUGCCACCUUGAUGUGAACGAGUGUGCUUCCCACCCCUGUCAGAAUGGUGGGACCUGCACCCAUGGCGUCAACAGCUUCAGCUGCCAGUGCCCAGCCGGCUUCAAGGGACCCACCUGUGAAUCGGCCCAAUCUCCGUGUGACAACAAAGUAUGUCAAAAUGGUGGCCAGUGCCAGGCAGAGAGCAGCUCUGCAGUAUGUGUGUGUCAGGCUGGAUACACUGGGGCCACCUGUGAGACAGAUGUGGAUGAAUGCCGUUCUGACCCAUGCCGGAAUGGGGGAUCAUGUGUUGACCUGGUUGGAAACUACAGCUGUAUUUGUGUGCAGCCCUUCGAGGGACCUCAGUGUGAGACAGGAAGCUACCUGGUGCCUUCACCCUGCCUCUCCAACCCCUGCCAGAACGGGGGCACCUGUGUGGAUGCUGAUGAGGGAUACGUGUGUGAAUGCCCUGAAGGCUUCAUGGGCUUGGACUGCAGAGAGAGGAUCCUCAAUGACUGUGACUGCCGGAAUGGAGGCAGAUGCCUGGGUGCUAACACCACCCUCUGCCAGUGUCCUCCAGGCUUCUUCGGGCUCCUCUGUGAAUUUGAAGUCACAGCCACGCCCUGCAACAUGAACACGCAGUGUCCAGAUGGAGGCUAUUGCAUGGAGUAUGGAGGAAGCUACCUAUGUGUCUGCCACACAGACCACAACAUCAGCCACUCUCUGCCAUCACCCUGCGACUCAGACCCUUGCUUUAAUGGAGGUUCCUGUGACGCCCACGAGGACUCCUACACGUGCGAGUGCCCUCGUGGAUUCCACGGCAGGCACUGUGAGAAAGCCCGGCCACACCUGUGCAGCUCAGGGCCCUGCCGGAAUGGAGGCACAUGCAAGGAAAUGGGCGACGAGUACCGCUGCACCUGCCCUUAUAGAUUCACUGGGAGACACUGUGAGAUUGGAAAGCCAGACUCCUGUGCCUCUGGCCCCUGUCAUAAUGGUGGGACUUGUUUCCACUACAUUGGCAAAUACAAGUGUGACUGCCCUCCAGGCUUCUCUGGACGGCACUGUGAGAUAGCCCCCUCACCCUGCUUUCGGAGCCCAUGUAUGAAUGGGGGUACCUGUGAGGAUCUAGGGACAGAUUUCUCUUGCCACUGCCAGCCAGGGUAUACAGGACACCGGUGUCAGACAGAGGUGGACUGUGGUCACCCUGAGGAGGUGGAGCAUGCUACCAUGCGCUUCAACGGAACUCACGUGGGCUCAGUGGCCCUGUACACAUGUGAGCCCGGCUUCAGCCUGAGUGCCCUCAGCCAUAUACGUGUCUGUCAGCCACAAGGGGUCUGGAGCCAGCCUCCCCAGUGCAUUGAAGUAGAUGAGUGUCGGUCUCAGCCAUGCCUACACGGAGGCUCCUGCCAGGACCUCAUUGCUGGUUACCAGUGCCUCUGCAGCCCGGGGUAUGAAGGAGUCCACUGUGAGCUAGAGACAGAUGAGUGCCAAGCACAGCCCUGCAGAAAUGGGGGCUCCUGCAGGGACCUCCCCAGGGCUUUCAUCUGCCAGUGCCCUGAAGGUUUUGUUGGAAUCCACUGUGAAACAGAGGUGGAUGCCUGUGCCUCCAGCCCCUGCCAGCACGGAGGCCGGUGUGAGGACGGUGGUGGGGCCUACCUGUGCGUGUGUCCAGAGGGCUUCUUUGGCUACAACUGUGAGACAGUGAGUGACCCCUGCUUCUCUAGCCCCUGUGGGGGCCGCGGCUACUGCUUGGCCAGCAACGGGUCCCACAGCUGCACCUGCAAAGUGGGCUACACAGGCAAGGACUGUACCAAAGAGCUCCUCCCACCAACAGCCCUCAGGGUAGAAAGGGUGGAGGAGAGUGGGGUCUCCAUCUCCUGGAGUCCACCCGAGGGCACCACGGCCAGGCAGGUGCUGGAUGGCUAUGCAGUCACCUAUGCCUCCUCGGAUGGACUGUCCCGGCGCACAGACUUUGUGGACCGAAGCCGCUCCUCUCACCAGCUUCGGGCCCUAGCAGCCGGCCGCACCUACAAUAUCUCCGUUUUCUCAGUCAAGAGAAACACGAACAACAAAAAUGACAUCAGCAGGCCUGCAGCACUGCUCACCCGCACCCGGCCCCGCCCUAUAGAAGACUUUGAGGUCACCAACAUUUCAGCCAAUGCCAUCUCAGUGCAGUGGGCUCUUCACAGGAUCCAGCAUGCCACUGUCAGCAGGGUCCGGGUGUCCAUCCUCUACCCCGAGGCCUCUGCGGUCCAGUCCACUGAGGUGGACAGGAGUGUGGACCGCCUCACAUUUGGGGACCUGCUGCCAGGGAGAAGAUACAGUGUGCGGCUAACCACCCUUAGUGGGCCUGGAGGAGCUGAAUAUCCUACUGAGAGCCUGGCUUCAGCUCCACUGAACGUGUGGACCCGGCCUUUGCCACCAGCAAACCUGACUGCCUCUCGAGUCACAGCUACCUCUGCCCAUAUGGUCUGGGACACCCCCGCUCCAGGUAUCUCACUGGAGGCUUAUGUCAUCAAUGUGACCACAAGUCAGAGUACCAAGAGCCGCUACAUCCCCAAUGGGAAGCUGGUGUCCUAUACAGUGCGUGAUCUGAUGCCGGGUCGGCGGUACCAGCUCUCAGUUACAGCUGUGCAGAGCACAGAGCAGGGCCAGCUGCACAGUGAGCCUGCACACCUCUACAUCAUCACCUCCCCCAGGGAUGGCACCGACAGACGCUGGCACCAGGGAGGACACCACUCACGGAUGCUCAGAAACAGACCAGCCCCUGUGCGCCUGCCUGAGCUGCGUCUGCUCAAUGACCACAGUGCCCCUGAAACACCAACUCAGUCACCCAGGUUCUCAGAGCUUGUAGAUGGAAGAGGAAGAGUGAGUGCCAGGUUUGGUGGCUUGCCCAGCAGAGCACUAACUGUGAGAUCACAACCCACCACUCCGGUGCCACUCAAGAACACAGAGGCCCCUGAGCAGGUCCGUCUGGCCCUCCAGCUACCCAAGAACAGCAGCAAAGACACAGAAAGUACCCCUGGCAGCUGUUCAGAAGAUGCCUGUCAGAAUGGAGGCACCUGUGUCCCAGGUGCCAAUACCCACAGCUGUGACUGCAGGCCUGGGUUCAAAGGCAGACACUGUGAGCUUGCCUGUGAAAAAGUGCCCCGCCCCUGCACACGGCUGUUCUCUGAGACCAAGUCAUUUCCUGUCUGGGAAGGAGACAUCUGCCACCAUGUGUAUAAGAAAGUCUACAAAGUUCACCAGGACGUGUGCUUUAAGGAGCGCUGCCAGAGCACAAGCCUCAGGAAACCCAAACAGGAAACAAAGUAACAGUCAAACACUGAAGAAAUCUUAAGGUACAUUCUCCUUCAUACCAAGAUCUGUUGAGAACUGGAGACACCAUCACACCCAGCAACCUGGACACCAAGGUCCUUUAUCAGACACUGAUGGUGACAACUCAGCACUGUGCUGUUACAGACCCAACCAGGAAGGUUCCAGAAUUCCCUGUCUAUAGCCUCUCAAUAGACAUAACCUGGUCUGAGCUUGCAUAUGAAUCUACUUUCGGGUGGAAAUGACUCUCUCAUUGCAGACCAGUUACAAUGAGGUACAAGAAUCACCUGGCCCCUUCAGGACCAUGGGCCUUGCUGGCAGAUGGAUCAAGGAUGCCAAACAGUCCAAACAAUGCCAAAGGAAAGGACCUAAGGACAUACCCCUAAGCCCUACGAGCAGCAUUCUGCUGGUAGACUAGGGCAGAAGAUCCUAAAUAUAGCCUCUCACUGAGGGAGCUAGAGUGGACCCUGGGAUUCUAAGCACUAAGAACCCUGAAAUCAAAGAAACUCUGCCCGUUUGAUCCAGCAUGCCCCGCCCCACCUCCCCAUGCAUAAACUGUGAGAUGGUAAAGGGCAAUGGAAUUUUUUUUUCACAGUAGUCUGGAAAAUACUGGGUUACACUACAGAAAUCCCUGUAUAGGCUGAACUCAGCCCCACACUGACUUACUGGCACAAUUGGAAUGACAGACUGGCUAGCUGGAGACAAUUUACUCCUCUCCCUUGGAGGAGCCAGGGCAGUACAUCCUUCCAGUGGUGGAAGAGAGGCACAUCUGGAAAGCUCCCACUUCAGGAGUGACUAUCACCUUUUUCUUCUACAGUGUAGGACAUGAAGGAGAAAUGUCACCCAAAGGCCUAAGAACAAACAAAAGCAAUGGAGUUCCGGGUGAAGGUCAUCCUAAGAAAACAGUGCCUGCAAUGACAGUGACAGGCACAGACAGAAGCUCACAGUCGGACCCUGGAAUGAGUCAGGCAUCAGGAGGGCGGGCUCUCACACGGGCCUAGGGAGCAGGGCCUGUGCCUCCUGACCGGUUCAGAUGUGAAACUCCGCAGGAAAAACAGCAGACAAGACUCAAGUCCUGUCUACUCAACAGCAUCACCUUUUCACCCCAGCCCACAAGAAUGCACACACAACACCCUCCCACACUUGUGAGCAACUUACGUCUGGCAAAGAUAAAAAUUCCACAAAUUAUUUGGUUUUAAAUUAUUUAUAUGGCAAUAAGUCACUUGAAAUAUUAAUGCAUCUUUUACGAACUCACCCAGAAAACCCAUUUUUAUAAAAA